AUGCAAAAGGUGAUGCUGGCAGCUGCCUUUGCAGACUCUUAACUACAAUACAGCACCAUGAACGUGUCCUUUGCUCACCUCCACUUUGCCGGAGGGUACCUGCCCUCUGACUCCAAGGACUGGAGGACCAUCGUCCCCGCUCUGUUGGUGGCUGUCUGUCUGGUGGGCUUCGUGGGGAACCUGUGUGUGAUUGGCAUCCUCCUUCAUAGUGCCUGGAAAGGAAAGCCAUCCAUGAUCCACUCCUUGAUUCUGAAUCUCAGCCUGGCUGAUCUCUCUCUCCUGCUGUUUUCUGCACCUGUCCGAGCUACAGCAUACUCCAAAGGUGUUUGGGAUCUAGGUUCAUUUGUCUGCAAGUCUUCUGACUGGUUCACCCACACGUGCAUGGCAGCCAAGAGUCUGACAAUCGUAGCGGUGGCCAAAGUAUGCUUCAUGUAUGCAAGUGACCCAGCCAAGCAAGUAAGUAUCCACAACUGCACCAUCUGGGCAGUGCUGGUGGCCAUCUGGACUGCAGCCAGCUUGUUACCCCUGCCUGAAUGGUUCUUUAGCAAAACCAGCCAUCACGCAGGUGUGGAAAUGUGCCUCAUAGAUGUACCAGCUGCAGCCAAAGAGUUUGUGUCAGUGUUUGGUAAGCUCUACCCUCUCCUGGUAUUUUGCCUUCCGUUGCUCUUUGCCAGCUUUUACUUCUGGAGAGCUUAUGGCCAAUGUAAAAAACGAGGAACUAAGACUCAAAAUCUUAGAAACCAGAUGCGCUCAAAGCAACUCACGGUGAUGUUGCUGAGCAUCGCCAUCACCUCUGCUUUUCUGUGGCUCCCUGAGUGGAUAGCUUGGUUGUGGGUAUGGCAUCUGAAGGCUGGAAGCCCAACCCCACCACAAGGUUUCAUAGCCCUGUCACAAGUCCUGAUGUUUUCCAUCUCUUUAGCAAAUCCUCUCAUUUUUCUAGUGAUGUCAGAGGAGUUUAAGGAAGGCUUGAAAGGCUUAUGGAAAUGGAUGAUAACCAAAAAAACUCCGACUGCCUCAGAGUCUCAGGAAACACCAGCUGGUAACUCAGAGGUCCUUCCUGACAAGGUCUCAUCUCCAGAGUCCCCAAUAUCCAUACCAGAGAAAGAGAAACCUGGUUCUUCAUCCUCCAGCAAAGAGAAAACUGAGAAGGCAGAGAUUCCCGUUCUCCCUGAUGUAGAGCAGUUUUGGCAUGAAAGGGACACAGUCCCUUCUGUAGAAGACAAUGACCCUAUCCCCUGGGAACAUGAAGAUCAAGAGACAGGGGGUUGUGACAAAUAG